GCCGGCCGUGCCUUGUUUUACAUUUUCCUUCGUAAACAGAUUGACUCGGAGUCGCUCUCCUUGGAGCUUUCGCGGGGGAGACUUCCCACCGAAGUUGCUGCAGGCCUGAAUGGUCCACUUCACCAAUAUUUGCUUAUGGAAAUAAAGGGGAGUGACGGGCGAAGCGGAGAGGAACGGAGGAGGGGCUUGAGGCUCGGGAGCUCCGACCACAGCCCAGGGCACCAGUAACCUUGUCUGAUGUGAUCAUUAACCUCCUCUGGAAAAAGCCGCUGGCAGCCCUCUGAAGUCUGGCUGUAGGAUGCGGGGUGAGCCGGACAGAUACUGCUCAGAGUAUUUACAGACUGCUUCUUUACUUGGAGAGCUAUUGUUCACUUGUGUGUAAGGAAAAAAAAAAGGAAGAAAAAAAAUGAGAUUUCAGCAUUAUUUUUUGGUAUUUUUUAUCUUUGCAAUGAGUCUUCUUUUUAUCACCGAACAGAAGCCAGUUAAUUUCCCCAGGAAAAGAAAAUUACACAGACACCACUGCUUCCGGAGGAGAUGCGUUUCACUCCAUGCCCGAGUGCCCUUCCCCUAAGAAAAUUCAGAUUUCGUUGGUUCUACUGGAAGAAGAGUUAAAGCUGAGAUGCCGGACCACCCUAAAACAACUUCAGCAUGGCGGUAGUGCGGCAGCUGGGCAUAACUACGCCAGCCGGAGUUGUCGUAACAUCCCUUGGAUGGCUGUUAGGGACUCGAGACUGUUCUUCCUGCAUUUUCUUUGACAAGAAAGUAAUAUAAAUGGCAACAGACAGCGUCGAAGCACACAAGCCUGUCCGCAUAACAAUCUCCCACCUUUCUCUCCGUGAUAUUUUAUUCUCAUAAUAUUCAUUAUACAUGGUGAUGGGGUUCAUAAAGACAUUUGCAUACAAACACGUCGUGUACCUUGACUAUAUUUACACAUAUGUACGUCAUGUACGGUCACUAUAUUUUCCUACAUGUACAUUCCAUGUAUUGACUUUAUUUGCACGUGUAGUCUCCUCUUCCUCUCCCUUCAGCGUCCCUUUCAUAUACCCAGACAAUUUCGAUGCUGUUUUAAUGACAUGUACACGGGAGUGACCUUAUUGCACAUUAUUCUUCUUACAUCUAUUAAAAAGAAAAUGACUUCCUUAA